AGUCGCUGCCGCCAUUUUAGCGUCGCCGCCUGGGCUCGGCCGGCAGCGGAGCGGAGCGGAGCGGCGGGGCCGGGGAGCCUGGGCGUGAGGCGGGAGAGGCAGGCGGCGGUGCCGCCGCAGAGCCGGGCAAGGGACUGCCGCUGCCCGUGCUCCUUUCCGCUCUUUAGCGGCAGCGGCUUUUCUUCGGCGCUGAGGAGAUGGACUCCGGAGCCCGCCCGGGCGGCGGCGCUCCGGGGCAGUCCCGCGAGUACAAGCUGGUGAUGCUGGGCGCCGGUGGCGUCGGCAAGAGCGCCAUGACGAUGCAGUUCAUCAGCCACCGCUUCCCGGAGGAUCACGACCCCACGAUUGAGGAUGCCUACAAAAUCCGGAUCCGCAUCGACGACGAACCUGCCAACCUGGAUAUCUUGGACACAGCAGGACAGGCAGAGUUUACAGCCAUGAGAGACCAGUACAUGAGGGCUGGUGAGGGCUUUGUCAUCUGCUACUCCAUCACAGACCGGCGCAGCUUCCACGAGGUGCGCGAGUUCAAGCAGCUCAUCUACCGCGUGCGCCGCACCGACGACACCCCCGUGGUCCUGGUGGGCAACAAGUCUGACCUGGCCCAGCUGCGUCAGGUCUCCAAAGAGGAGGGCUCAGCCCUGGCACGAGAGUUCAGCUGCCCCUUCUUCGAGACCUCAGCUGCCUACCGCUACUACAUCGACGACGUCUUCCACGCCCUGGUGCGGGAGAUCCGCAGGAAGGAGAAGGAAGCUGUGAUGGCCAUGGAGAAGAAAUCCAAACCCAAAAGCAGUGUCUGGAAAAGACUGAAGUCCCCCUUUAGGAGGAAGAAGGAUUCAGUCACCUGAACAGAGAGAAUUCCCUCUGCCAAAAGAACAAACCAAACCUGUGAGCAGCCUUUUUGUAACCAAAGUUGGGUUAGUGACGAUGUUUUUGGCGGCGCCUUUGGAACCCCAUGGGGGGGACUCUGAUGAGGGAAAAGUGUUAACUGUUACCAGUUCUUGUUCCAGAGGGAUUGUUCCCUUCAGCCUGGACACCUAAGCCACUCUUAACAGCUGUACUUCUAUUUUGUUGACAUUUGGGUUUUUUUUACUGGCUGCAGCAAAUGUUGCUUGGAUGAUGUCAGUGGUUACAAAUCGCUGAUAGGUUUCUGUGCCUGCACUUUGGAGUCUUUCGCCUUUGGUCACUGCAUCCUGGCAGCUGAAUUGGUGUAAAAAUACUGCUUGAAGUUCUACCCACCCUAACUUAAGUUAAUUUUGUUCCUGGUGGUUUGCACAAGAGAAGUGUUGCUGCUCCUUGGAGCAGGCUUCUGGAGGUCGUGCUGAGAAGUGGUUUACAGAGCCUGUGUCGUGACUAGGAGCUGUGCAGGGACCGAGGGGAGCUGUGCCACAGCUGUUGUGUUCUCACUGAGGAGAUGUUUCUCCCAUCAGGAAUCAUGUGGAAUAUCUGUCCCAGGUUUUCUGGCCGUGCUCAGUUAAUCAGCAGUGCUGUGAGGGUGAUUCUAACCAAGCCAGGAAAAGAAGAGCAAAUGAGGGUUCCUGAGGCAGCUGCACCUUGGCAGCAGUGGGUGAAGAUGUAGCAAUUUCCUGCCACUCUGAGCAGUUCCUGUGCUGCUGCCAGAGCAGUGUGGCAGGUCAGAGUGCUGGAGGUGCUGUGGAAGACACAGCUUGGACUUUUCUGGCUUGUUCACAUCAGAGCUGUAAUGGUGUUGCAGGCUUAUUUAUUUCAUUUCCAUCCUCUCUCCUCCCAGAAGCAUCUUUGCUUGGCACAAGUCUCUGACACAGUUAACUGCAUAUUCUCCUCUGCUAACUGUUGAGUCUGAAAACUGAGAUCCCUAAUCCGGGUCAGAUUCUUCCAGUGCAGCCUUAACAGGAUUGUGAGUGCAGUGGGAGGAAGCAGUUAGCAAAAGGACAGGCCUGGCAGAUCCUCACAGCCCUGACCCUGGGUGUGCAGGCAGGGCAGGGACAGGGGUUUGGGCAGGGAAGUUGCUUCUGAGGCAGACAGAGGGAGAGGCUCUGCCUUGGAGCUGAUUUUGCCUGCACAUCAGUUGUAGAACGUUAGCCAGCAGAGAGAGAGAAGUGUUUGUGUUCCUCCUGGCUUUGUUUAGGUCGUGGGCAGGUAACUCAGACCUGGUUUGAAGAAGUUGCUGUAGAGAAUUGAAGUCUCCAUUGAAGAGGAAACUUAAAGACUCCACUUAGCACAGCUCCUGUUGCUCUUUGAUCCCUGUGUCAGCAGCUCUUAACCUCUCUGAGGAGCACUCAGAUCUGCAGUGCCAGCCCUGGGCAGCUGCCUGUGGUAGCACAGCCAGACCUGCAAAUCCUUGUGUGAAAGAAUUGGUGCAAGGAGUGAGGAUAACAAACAGAUGAACUUCAACUCCUUUUGUCCUUGCUGAAGUCCUUACUGCUUAAGCUAGGCUUGGAAAUUCUGUGCCUGUUGGGGUUAAAAGUCUUUUCUGUGGGGCAGAUUUAACAUGGGAGGGGGCAACGUUUUGGAUGUUGGCUGUGGCUGAGCUGAGUUUCUGUUCCUCGUUUCCAGUGCUAACUGCAGGCCCUCCUGACCCUUCCCUGGGGGCUCAGAUGCUGCCUCACAGCAAAAUCUCAGGCCAAACCAUUUAGCAGAGCACUGGAGAAGGGCCAGCAGCUGAGGGAAGGUUGCUCUAAAGGCAGCUCUGCCUACUCUGUCCUGCUGAAAACCAUUUCAGCCCCAGGGGCCCUGCUGGUGCCCACAAAGUUCCUCUGUGUUUUGCCUUGAUACAGUUAAGCAACACAAGGAUUGAGUCAGCUUAGAGGUAACCUGGCAGCAGAACCCAGAGCCCUGAGGCAGGGGUGGGUGGGGGGGAGCUGUCUCCCACCUUUAAAUCCCACCUCUGUGCCUUACUCCCUUCCUUCAAUGCAACCUCAGUGUCUACUGAAGCUUUCUUCUGCUGUUGUGAGCCUGUUGCUUGUAGAAUUGUUAGAUCAGAAGAGCAGCAAAGCACUUUUGCUUUGGGGGUUGGGUUGGGUUUUAUUCUUUGUGGUGUUGUGUUUUUGGGUUUGCUUUUUUUUUUUCUUUACCCAGUGUUACUGGAGGAGAGUUUUUAUUUUUGUCCUGUCUGAGUUUGUACCCAGAAGCUGUGGUUUUAUUUGACACAAUAUAUCAUUUUUUCAUACAA